ACUUACGCGACAACGACUUGCCACAACGACAAAAACUUGAUUGACCCCCGUCUGCGUCUCCCCCAAUUUCUGUCAGAAACCGAGCCCUAAUUUCAAUUAAUUCAAUCAAUUUUCCCCCUUUUUUUAUUUGAUCUUAUUGAUUCUCUCAAUUCGAUAUUCCUACACAGAAUUCACAUUGAAUUAAUUGCCCAAUUCAUAAUUAUACCUAAUUUGGUUUUUGAUUUUAAAUUAAAAUUUGUUAUUUUUUUUUGUCUAGCUGAGUUGAUUUGUUUGGUUUGAUUCUUCCGACGAGCUCAGCUGAUUUGGGAAUGAAAUUGUGGAGUUUGGUAUUAUAAUUGUGAAUCAUGGGUGAAAGUGAAACGGAUAAACCAGCCAAGGAGCCGAAAACGCCGGUUGCGGUUAGCUCGCAAGAGCAGACUUCGGCUACGAGUACCGCGGCUGUGAAUCCCGAGUGGUCCGGGUUUCAGGCGUACUCACCUAUCCCACCACCACCUGGCUUCUUGGCAUCUAGUCCCCAAGCUCACCCCUACAUGUGGGGUGUACAGCACAUGAUGCCUCCAUAUGGUACUCCACCGCAUCCCUAUAUGGCCAUGUAUCCUCACGGUGGCUUAUAUGCUCACCCAUCUAUGCCUCCGGGUUCUUAUCCUUUUAGCCCAUUUGCAAUGCCGUCCCCCAAUGGUGUGGCUGAGGCUCCUGGAAAUACUCCUGCAAGUGUUGAAGUGGAUGGUAAACACACCGAGGGUAAAGAGAAGUUGCCAAUCAAAAGAUCAAAAGGUAGCCUGGGCAGUCUAAAUAUGAUCACAGGCAAAAAUAACGAAGAAGGUAAAUCAACAGGCCCUGCUGGUAAUGGUGCCUGUUCAAAAAGUGCAGAGAGUGCAAGUGAUGGUUCAAGUGAAGGAAGUGACGCAAAUUCGCAAAAUGACUCUGGAGAAAGACAAGAAGCUCAAGAAGCUGAUGCACCUCAAAGUGGAAUUUCUUCUGUUGCUGCUCAGAAUGGUGUAUUAAAUGCGCCUCAUACAAUGGUGAAUCACGCAUUGGCUAUGGUGCCUAUGACAGCACCUGGUGCUCCAGCGCCUGUUCCAGGACCUGCUACGAAUUUAAAUAUUGGAAUGGAUUAUUGGGGUGCUGCUUCUUCUCCAGUUCCAGCUAUGCGAGGAAAGGUUCCUUCAGCUCCAGUUGCUACAGGAAUUGUUCCAGCUGGAUCACGGGAUAACUUACAGUCACAGCUUUGGUUGCAGGAUGAGAGGGAACUAAAGAGGCAGAGACGUAAGCAGUCUAAUAGGGAAUCUGCUCGUAGAUCCAGGCUGCGUAAGCAGGCUGAAUGUGAUGAGUUGGCCCAGCGUGCUGAAGGAUUGAAAGAAGAAAAUGCUAAUCUUAGAUCAGAACUUAAUCGCAUCAGGAGUGAUUAUGAGCAGCUCCUGGCUGAAAAUACUGCACUUAAGGAGAGACUUGGUGAAAAUCCAGAAGAUUUAGGAUCUAAUCGAGCUGAACAUCAUAUGAUUAGUGAAACUAAGGAGAGCAGCAAAACAGAUCAAGUUUAGAGUGGUCGUUAAGAUCUGAGUCAUUGCCCUUCUGCUUCAGCAAAGUUUUAUGAAGCAUAAGCUAACAUAGUAGUUACUUGAAGUCAUUAGCAUACCUCUGCAGUCUGCAUACAGUCAUGCCAAAAUCUGUCCUUUUUGUUACAGAUCAUUUAUAACAUCCUAUUUGGCAAAUCUCAAAUUUUUGGGAUCAUAAUGCAGUUGUUGAUAUUGUGGCAUGCCGAGGUUCCCAUUUGUAUCGUGGUAGAAGACGUAGUAAUAGCGAUACUGCAAGAGUUGAUUGCCCUAAAUGCGGCUUACAGAGAAUAUAAUUCUGAGGAAGAUAAUGUACCAUUAAUGUAGCUGUAUAUGGAAGAUUUUUUUCUGUCUUGUUUGCCAUGCCCUUAUUAGUCUAAAGGGCAUGAUUCUUCUUCUCUAGGAUUAAAUAGUUAUAGCUUCAACUUUUCACCUUUGCUGCUAUUAUUUGUGGCAAUUUAUGGCAGUAUAUGAAUGGUUUUUGACAUUA